AUGGUGGAAAGUGAGAAACCAGCAGAGAAUGGGAAAUGGUUCAAGUUUUCCCGGAACAAGUAUUUCGUCUUUAUUCUGGUAUUUGCAGGUGUGUUCCUGAUUUACAACAGAAAUACAAUGAUACCAGACGGAAACCCAAAAAAAUGGAUGCAAAAUCAAUCAGCAAAUUUACUGAAUUUCUUCAGUGGUCAGAGACUAAACAUAUCCUCUCUAAACACUACAACUAAUGACAACUCCACUACUCAAAAUACAACUGUACCACCAACACCUGUUCCUUACGUGUCUCCUGGACCAUAUUUAGUUGAAUACCCCUAUGACUACCAGUACAUCAUAAAUGAGCCACAGAAAUGUGAACAGGAGAAGCCUUUUGUGGUUCUGAUUGUUCCUGUGGCCCCAAACAAUAGGCAACACCGUGACAUCAUCCGCAAAACCUGGGGGAGUGAAAGUCUUGUCCUGGACAAAGUGGUGAGGCUGUUCUUUUUACUGGGGCUCCACACCGGGGUGGAGGUGGAGCAGGUCCAACAGCAGGUACAUCAGGAGAGCAAAGAGCAUCACGACCUGAUCCAGAGCAACUUUGUGGACUGCUACAAGAAUCUCACCAUUAAGACCAUGGUGAUGCUGGAGUGGCUAACUGCACACUGCUCCAGCGCCUCUUAUGCUAUGAAGACUGAUUCAGACAUGUUUCUGAAUGUACAUAAUCUUGUCAGUAUGCUCUUAAAUGCUCAAAAAUCAAACUAUAUGACUGGGCUUGUGGCAAGUGGCGCUACAGUACUGCGAAAUCCAAGCUCUAAGUGGUAUCUACCUCAUGACAUUUAUGCUCCGCCACAGUACCCCCGUUAUGCUCUGGGCCUGGGCUACAUUUUGUCUUUAGACCUCCCAAAAAAGCUCACUGAGGCAUCCAGACAUGUUAAAGCAGUUUACAUUGAGGAUGUGUAUUUAGGGUUGUUAAUGCAGCACCUGGGCAUUCCUCCCACUGACCCCCCAAACUGGGGUUACUUCUAUGUAUUUCCUUUGCCAUAUAAUCGCUGUGCCUUCUCCAGGAUAGUAGCCACCACAAGUUAUCCACACACUAACCGUGAGCAGAUUUGGAAUGACUUUAAAAAACCAGGCCCGUACUGCUAA